UCACAAAUCGAAUCGAAUUCGCAAUUCGCAAUUCGCAACAAUUUAGGGUUUCAGAAACUCAAGAGAAACACACACAGAGAGAAGCAUCGAAUCGAUCAGAGAGAAGAAAAGCGUAACGCCACUCGCCACCGUCACCGAUCAUGCCGAAGAACAAGGGAAAGGGAGGAAAGAAUCGUAAGAGAGGUAAGAACGAAGCCGACGACGAGAAGAGAGAGCUCGUUUUCAAGGAAGACGGCCAGGAGUACGCGCAGGUCCUCCGCAUGCUCGGCAACGGCCGCUGUGAAGCCAUGUGCAUCGACGGCACCAAACGCCUCUGUCACAUCCGCGGUAAGAUGCACAAGAAGGUCUGGAUCGCCGCCGGCGAUAUCAUCCUCGUCGGCCUCCGUGAUUAUCAGGAUGAUAAGGCGGAUGUGAUUCUCAAGUACAUGCCGGAUGAGGCGAGGCUGCUUAAGGCGUACGGUGAGCUUCCGGAGAAUACUCGGUUGAAUGAGGGGAUUGGUGGUGGUUUGGAUGAGGAGGAUGAAGCUACUGCUAAUGAUUACAUUGAGUUUGAGGAUGAGGAUAUUGAUAAAAUCUAAAUCUUUUUUUAAAUUAUAAUUGUUAUUAUAUCAUGAUGAAUUGUCAUGUGUAUUGUACUAUUUCGAAGCGGUUUUAUGUACUGCUGUUGCAUAUGGCUUAUAAUAGCUUGUGAUUUUACUGGAAUAAUAAUAGCUUGUUUUAA